CGCCGGGGCUUGGGGCGGGCGGCCGGGCACCUCCGCCUCUAUGAUGAAGCUGAAGCCGAACCAGACGCGGACCUACGACCGGGAAGGCUACAAGAAGCGGGCGGCGUGUUUGUGCUUCCGCAGCGAGCGGGAGGACGAGGUGCUGUUAGUGAGUAGUAGCCGGUACCCAGAUCAGUGGAUUGUACCAGGUGGAGGAAUGGAGCCAGAGGAGGAACCAGGAGGUGCUGCAGUCCGAGAGGUUUAUGAAGAGGCUGGAGUAAAGGGAAAACUAGGCAGACUGCUGGGGAUAUUUGAGCAGAACCAAGACCGGAAGCAUAGGACUUACGUUUAUGUUCUGACAGUGACUGAAAUAUUGGAAGACUGGGAGGAUUCAGUUAAUAUAGGAAGGAAAAGAGAAUGGUUUAAAGUAGAAGAUGCUAUCAAGGUUCUUCAGUGUCAUAAGCCUGUUCAUGCGGAAUACCUGGAAAAACUGAAACUGGGCUGCUCCUCAACAAAUGGGAAUUCUGUGGUCCCCAAUCUUCCUGAUAACAACUCCUUAUAUGUCACUUCUGCACAGACUUCUGGGUUGCCCUCUACUGUGAGAUAAAAAUUGGGAUUACCUUUUUACUCAUGCACCAUGACAAGGUGGAGGAGGGGGGAAUGUAUUUGUGUUCACAUGCAGACAUCUUUGACUAUCAGUCCUCAGCAAAAUGUGUGAAUACAUCAUAACAUUCAGACACUGACUUUUUUUUUCCCUUUUAACAAUGUAAAAUAGUAAUUCAGCAAACUAAAGCCAUAUAUGGAAUUUUUUAAGAUGCCUUAACUGGCCAUUUUUUAAAAACAAUAUAUAAACUUACACAUCUGUUAAAAAUAACAAACAUCUGGGUUAAGUGGAACUUAUUCCAGAUUUUGGCAUAAUUUUUUUUAGUCAGGUAGUCGUUAAAUAAAUAAAUAAAUUGUUUAGCAGGAAAAUUCUUGAACAAAUGGCAGUAACGUUUCUCUUAAACUUCCACUCAAAAUGUACAAUUAAAGUGCUAGAUGACCUCUAAAAUACUACCACUAUCUGGGAAACUGAGCAUCGUAUUCACCUUAGAUACAUAAGCAUGACUUCAAUAAAGCACUAAAUACAUCCAGCCAAUCACAGCAAAGGAUUCAAACAUCAAGCAACAUUUUUCCCUCUGUUACCUUGACCUGUGGAAUCUUAACAUACAAAAUGUAGUUUGACAGCUCGAGCAAAGAUUCAGAAAAGAGGCUCAACCAUUGAUGCUUUGUUGCUACAAUUCCAAAAGCUGUUCAAAGACUU